AUGCGCGAGUGUGAAUGCUUGCAUGAACCGACCGAUGGUGUCGCCGGCGUCGUCAAUUUGGUUAUGGUCAUUGGGAUUUUACCGGUGCUGGCUAUAAUUGGAGUGCUGUUGAACUUCAUAAACAUCGUUGUUUUUGCCUCACAACGUAAUACUGCCGCUAAAUACCUUACAGCACUUAGCUGUAGCGACACUGGAGUAUGCAUAGCUGGUGUGGUCGUCAUUUUUGCCGAUUCAUUGAGGGCACGAGCAUUUUCCGUGGACCAAUUGUUUGUUUUUCUUCUGCCUAAGCUUAUUCCGCUUGGAUUAUUCUUUCAGAUGCUGUCGGUCUACAUAACAGUUUUGGCAGCAUUCGAUUGUUUCAUUUCGGUUCUACGUGGACCUUCUUCAUGUGAAUCGAGAUCCAUAUGGGCACCUCGAGUAUUGGUUUGGGUUGUAGUGACCGUUGCCGCCUACAACGUUAUUCAGUUCGCUGAUCUUGAAGCAGUAGAAUGCGUCCAUCCGGACAACUACACCUUGUACGAGCUAUGUCCAACAGAACUACGGAUUAGUGAACUCUACGUUGUCGUUUACAAAGGUUACAUGUAUGCCCUCACUAUGGCUUUCAUUCCUUUCCUCCUGCUAACUAUUUUAACAAUUGGAAUAGUGUAUCUGCUCAGAAGAAAACAGAAAAAUGAAGAGAAAGUUAAAUGUGAAGAUCAAGAGGAUCAGGGCUCUCCCGUUGUUUUGCUGCUGGUCAUCAUUUUGUUUCUUGCUUGCAAUGUUACGUCACUGCUCGUCAACGUCUUUGAGAUGCUCAAAAUACGUCUUGGAGAUGCCGCCGACGCUAUCCUAAUAGAUGUUGGUAAUCUACUGGUCGUAGUGAACGCCACUGCGAACUACUUCGUGUACUGGGCAUCAUCUCGUGAAUACAAGGCGACUGUUCGUGCAUUGAUACGAAAGUACAUCACACGGCGGAAAGCAAUCGACUUAAUCUCAAGUCAAACGAACGCAGAGUUUGUCUGA